AGUGGUUUGAUCCCGCAGGAUGGCAUGCGCCGUGCAUGUCCUUUUUUUCCUUCAUGGGAGGAAAACGAAAGCCUCAAUCACCUAUAUAGACUGGCUGACCAGUGGUCAAACAUCGUAGUCAUUCCGGGACCGGGACAAUGAGCGAAACGGAUUAGGGAGCGUGUGAAGCGAGCUGCUCUUCGCAAGUGAUUUCGGUUCUUGUUCGGUUCCUUCUUUCUUUUCCUUGGUUCUGCCAGUACUAGUGCAAGAGUGCAAACCAUAUCAUCUCCUCAAAAACCGCCUUGCGUCAUGAUUAACUGUUUGACGCUGUGUGUGGCCCUGUCCAUGGUGGUGGGUUGCACGUGGGCUGCGGCCACCGUCAACGAGCUUGCGGACCAGAACCGCGGCGGGCCGAUGCUGGGUUGCCACAAGCGCGUCUUUACGUAUCGGGUGUCGCAAACGGACAGCAAAGGGCGCGAAUGUUGGGACCACGUGAGCGUGUGGUCGUGCCACGGACGGUGCGAUUCGAACGAAAUAUCCGACUGGCGUUUCCCGUACAAGCGGUCCCACCAUCCGGUUUGCAUGCACGCCGGAAGGACCCGGUCGGUGGCGGUGCUCCGACACUGCCACCCGGAUGCCGAUCCGGAGGCUAAGCUGUACGAGUACAUGGAACCGAAGUCGUGCAGUUGUCAGACCUGCACCAGCAUGGACACAAGCUGCGAAGGGCCGAAGCAGCUGAACACGGACGCCGUGACCAAGAUAUUCCAGAUCGAAGAGGAGGAAAUUGAAAGUGAAUAUGCUUAAAUAAAGUUAGGAUAGGUGGAGCUGAUAUUUCGCAUUAUACGCAAUGGUGGCCAGUAACAUGUAGCAUUUACACAAUAAAGUAGAGCAUUGUA